ACGCGGUUUAUUUUGUAUCGGAAUUGCCGACGAUAAGCUGAUAAUACACAUAACGCAACUGUUCGUGCGUGACUUAUAAAUAUAAAUAGGAUCAAUGGGUUCUUUGUAGUACGCCAAUGACAGGCGAUAAGUUAGGAACACAGCGAGUCUCCUUCCAACAGGAGCAGAAGCCGAGCCAAGACCCUGACCAGAACAGUUGGCUAAGUCGCAGCCGAAAGAAUCAGCCGCAAUGGAAUGCACUGGGUACUGGUUCGGUCAUCUUUAUAUCUGGCGGCAUGAGUCUGGCCUGGGGUGCUGGCUUUGCGUCCCAUUCAACUCAUCUGGAACUGCUCACGUUGACGGUACACAUGCAAGUCUGCUGGUAUGCAGCAGCACUCCUUGGAGCCAUAUUGAGCGCUGCAUUGACCCAUCGCACUCCGCAGCGCCCGGUUUAUGUGUUUAGCUCUUGCCUGGUUGUGAUCAGUGGUAUUCUCUUCUUGUCGAUGCCUCUGCAAUCGAAUGCUAUUAUAGCGGCCCGCUAUUUGGAUGGCUUUGCCAAUGGCUUGAUCUUUGUGCCAAUGAUGACCUCCGUGGGCGAGCUGUCGGUUUUGGAGACGCGCGGCGUACUGGCCGCUGCUGUGGAACAGUUAAACCACAAUUUCGGCAUCUUAAUCCUCUUAACUUACACGGCCAUCUGGCAAAGCGAGUGGAAUGUGAAUAUUCUACCAGAUCAAAUUCAUGGCCUGCUCGACAUUCUGUUUGGAGUCGUCGGAUUAGCUAUGGCCCUCACGUAUUGCAUCGAGUCACCUGUGUUUCUUCUGCUGCGCCGUAAUGAGCAGGCUGCUGUGGCUGCGCUGCGCCAUCUGCAACGUCCGUAUGUGGUGACGAGCGAGACAUUCCUGCUACUGGACGAGCACAAGCGCUACGUUGCGGCCAAUCGAGACCUUAGUUGGCCUCAAAGCAUACAGCGUGGUCUGGUUCCAUUGCUGAAAGUUGGCACACAUCGCUCACUGUAUGCACUGAGCCUCACACCCAUCGUUUGGAGGGCUCUAUUCGAAGCAGGCGUGCAGACGGCUCCACAUUUUCACACCUGGCCAUAUGUUGUAUUUGGUAUAUUACGUUGGGGCGGCUGCAUCUCUGUUGUCUUCCUAAUGGACACUGUCGGCCGCAAAAAGCCCACUCUAUUUGGCACUUUUGCUGGCGGCGUCUUUGCCAUUUCUUUUGCUUUGGUGCUUGAUCGCGGGGGAAGCAUGAGCUCUUCGCUAGCUCUUCUAUUUUGCUUUCAGUUAUUUGCGGGUGUGGCACAUGCAGCUUCCUCGGUCUACCUAACAGAGGCAUUUCCGCUGGCAGUCAAGCCAUAUUUUGUGGGAACCACCUAUGCUAUCGAACUGCUAAUCGGAAUAAGUUUUUGCAGCUAUGUGCCAACAACAGCGGCCAUAUGCAUAUAUUUUUAUACAUUGGGAGGCAUAUCGUUGAUCUUCUUCUUGCUGGGCAUUUUUUGUUUGCCAGAGACGAAGCUGACAACACCAAUGGCGGCGCACUUGAAGAUUCGCAAGUGGUUUAAUGAGGAUUUUUAA